AUGCUACCCAAGAAGUAACAUCUUAAAACUUAAUCAUCAGAGAUAUCAAAUUAGGCUCUUAUGAAUUACCUUUCUAAUCGUGAAGCAUUACAUGCAAGGAUGUCAAAUUCUCCAACAUUCCAAAUAGAUUACAAAGUAUAAAUAGAUGUUUAACUUAAGAGCAAAUAAAUUGGUCCUUUCUAAUCCACAAUAUUUUAAGGGAAUGCUUCAUAGCCCACUUUAAAAAUGACUUAAUAAUAGUACAUAUGGCUAUAGACGUAGAUAAAAUUAGCGUAAAAUAUAACAAUCAGAUUUACUAAAAUCAAAAGGAUUCAUGUCUCCAAAGAUUACUAGUUAGGAAAGAGUGAAUUAAAAGACAUAGUCCAAAUCAAGAGGCAAUCAUAUGAAAACACAACCACAUUCAAAUCAAAAUUCAUAAACCAAAAUGAAAUCAAUUGAAAGCAUCUAAGAUGAAUGUAGAUUCAAUUAACUAUAUUUUAGCUCCAAAAUAAUUGUUUAAAAGUCAACAAAAUUCUACAUUAGCUAAAGCUGAAUAGUUAUUCAAAUAAUAAGCAACAUCUGAUACUAAAUAAAAAUAAUCAACUGAUAUAUUAGCUAGAUUAAAUUUUUAAAAGUCUUUGAUUGUGUCUAGUGCUAAACAUUAAUUUACACAACUCUAAGGAACAAUUAAUUAUUAGCUUCAUAAUCAUCAUAAAUCAAAUAGUGCUUAAUUUAUAGAAACUUAAAAAUUACCUACUUAAACGUCAUCGCAACCCCUUAUUGAAAUUUAGACUGAAAAAACUAAAACUAUUACAACUAGGUAAAAAUUUAAGAUUUAUUUAGAAAAUGUUAAUAAGAUUUAAUUUAAAUUAUUUUGUAAUAUAAAUCAUUAAAAUAGAAAAUGACUAUUGAUAUCUCGAUUAAUAAAAUAUCACAAUUACUGGAGUUAAUAAAAGUAGAACUAUUUAAAAAAAUUGUUGAAAAUGAUUCUCUAUAAAUAAUUGGAAUAAAAACAUACAAUAUUUCUAUACCUAUUGAUUAUAUACUUUCUUAAAUUGAUAGACCUUUAUCUUUACUUUCUAAUUGUCCAAUAUAACCUUUAAUUAUAGAGCCUAUUAUAUAAAUGGAAUAAGAAAAUAGAUAAUCAAGAGUUUGUUUAAGGGAUUUUGAGUUUAUUAGAUGUAUAGGAAUGGGUGGAUUUUCUAAAGUUUAUAUGGUUAGAGAAAAAAGGACAGGAUAAUUUUAUGCAAUGAAAUUAAUUGAAAAAAACUCUAUAAUUUCAUAGAAUAAAUAAAUUAUUAUAUAAAAUGAAAGAGAUAUAAUGUGUAAUUUAAAUCAUCCAUUUAUUGUUAAAAUUUAAUAUGCUUUUGAAUCAAGAAGAUUUUUAGUUUUUGUUUUAGAAUAUUGUUCAGGAGGAGAAUUGUUUUUCAUGUUAAGAAAAGUAAUUAUUUAGUUAAAUUGAAAAUAGGUGAAGAGAAUGAAUGAAGAAUAAGCAUUUUUUUAUUUUGCUGAAAUAUGUUUGGGUAUGAAACACUUACAUGAUAGAAGUAUAAUUUAUAGAGAUAUAAAACCUGAGAAUAUUUUAAUUGAUUUUGAUGGACAUGUUAGAAUAGCUGAUUUUGGAUUAUCAAGAUAAUUAGAUUAAGAUAUAGCAUAUUCAUUUUGUGGUUCACCUGAAUAUAUGGCACCUGAAAUGCUUUUAAAAUAAGGCCAUAAUUUAUAAUUAGAUUUAUAUUGUUUAGGAGCAUUGUUAUAUGAAUUGAUAACUGGAUUACCUCCAUUUUAUUCUAGAAAUACUGAUGAAAUUUAUCAAAGGAUUUUAAAUUAGAAAUUGAGUUAUCCGCCAUAAUUAUAAAUGUCUUCACUUUUAAAAGAUUUAUUAAAUGGUUUAUUAGCUAAGAAUCCUAAAAAUAGAAUUGAUAAAAUAGAAACUCUAUUAAAACAUCCAUGGAUGACUUAAUGGGGUGAUAAAAAUAUGUAUAAAGAAUUCUUGUCAAAAAAAAUAGAUCCUCCUUUCAAACCAGAUUAUUUCUCAUUUAAUUUUGAUGAAGAAGAAUUUGGUUAAGGAGAGGCUGAAUUCUUAUAAUAGAUUAAGCCACUCUAAUAAAAUAUAAUGGAGAAUUUUCCUAAAGAAAUUAUACUAAAGAAUUUUUAUUAUAAUCCUAAAGAAUUAAACUGUGCAGAAAGCACAAGAGGUACUAAUUUAAGUACCAAAUUAUUAGAGGAAUAAUAAUAAGGUACUUAGAGAUAAAAAACAAAAAGAUUCAAUACAUAUGAUGAUGAUAUAUCGAAUUAUGUAAAUGAAUAAAAAAUUUUCCUAUUAAAUUAAUUAAGAUUAUAAACAGAGAAUGAAAUAAAGAGGAAAUCGGCAUGA